GCCAUAUGCGGGAAAUGUACACAGCAGAGAGAUGGGAACCACGUUGAAAAUGUUGUGCUGAUUUCUGUAACUAUUUUCAGAAGUUUUAGAGUCAAAUGACAAAACUGGUCAUUCAGAUAGUCAUUUCGACACUACAAUCUCUAAUCAACACUGUCAAAUAGAGUUGCUGCUUCAAGUGAUCCAACAUCAUCAUGCUGACCCCAGCGUUUGAGCUGAGUCAGGACUCGGACUUCCUUACGCUAAUGGUCCGUGUGCCCUACACCAGGACCUCAGAGUUUGACCUGUGCAUUGACGGGGAAGACUUCAAGUUCUAUGCCAAGCCAUACUUUCUUCGGUUGACCUUACCUGGCAGAAUUGUAGAGGAUGGAAGAGAGAAAGCAUCAUUCGAUAUUGAUAAAGGUGUCUUCACGCUGCGCGUGCCCAAAGAGACGGCGGGCCAGCACUUUGAGGGACUGCAGAUGCUGACGAGCCUGCUGGCACCCAAGGGCAUCCGCUCUGCCAAGCCCCUGGUGGAGGAUAUGGAGCCCUGUGUGGGGAGUGCAGGUGCUGGACUGGAGGAGGAGGAAGAGGAGGACGAGGAAGAGUUUGAUUGGCAGGUGGAGCAGGCCGUGUACACCGAGCGUUCCGAGGAGGAGCUGAACCAGCUGCAAAAGUACGGCUUUGGCAACCUCAGGUGCGGGGUCUUCGCCCGACUGCAGGAGGAGCUGAGCGAUGUCAUUGAUGUGAAAGAUCCAGACAGCACCACACCGGCGGCAAGGAGACGUGGCCGCCAAGCCGCCGAGCACAACAAGUUCGACCCGGACCAUUAUCUGGCGGACCUGUUUGAGGACGAGGCAAUCCAGAGUCUGCUGAGGUUCGGGCCGUGGUGGGGAGAGGCGAGCUCGGAGCAGUCCCAACACAGCCCUGCAUCCGUAGAGUUCUCGGAGGAGGACAAGGAGCAGAUGAGGAAGUUGACCAACCGCUCGUACCUGCUGGACAAGUCCACGCGGCAGCAUGCGUGGCUCAGCCUGGUGGACAUCAUCCUGGCCUACGCCUACGAGAUCCGCGUCACCGAGGGAGAGCACAGCGUGGAGUCGCCGUGGAACAUCCGUAAGCUCAGCGGGACCUUGAGCUGGCUGGAGACGUAUCACUCUCUGCAGGACGUGCUGGUGUCGUUUGGCAGGAGAGCGCUGUCCUACCCCCUCUACCGCCACUUCUCCCUGGUCACCUCGGCAGUACGGGACGCUGCGCGGAUCUUCCAGGCAGGCAAGGCCUGUGUCCUGAAAUGCCUGUUGGACGUCCACAAGAUCUUCCGAGAGAACGAUCCCGCCUACAUCCUCAACGACCUCUACAUCACCGACUAUUGCGUCUGGAUCCAGAAAGUCAAGUCCAAGCAUGUAAACUCCCUGGCGGAGCCUCUACAGAAAGCCAAUCUGAAGAAGGAAGAUCUGGGAUUGGAGCUGGAGGAGCUGGAGGCGGCGGCAGCGCUGGUGGAGAGAGAGGAGGAAGAGGAGGAGGAGGAGGAGGAGGAUGGGUCGUCGAGCGGAGAGGAGUCAGACAGCAGCGACGACAGCAGCAGCAGCAGCAGCAGUAGCAGCAGCUCGUCGGAGGACAGCGACGACUGUCAGGCGCCAGAGGAGCCCGGCGCUCUGUGUGUGCUGGUGAACUCAGGUAGCGUCGCAGGGAAGAAGAAGAACCACGGCAGCAGCAGCAGCAGCAGCAGCAGCGGCCCCCUCCAGCAGCCCCAGCCUGCCCCAGUGAAGAGCCCAGCCCUGACCCCGUCCCCAGCCCCCGGCCUCCCUCCCCGCGGAGCUCCAGACCACGCCGGCAGCAGCAGCAGCAGCAGCAGCCACAGCCCUGCACAGCUGAUCGAAGAGCUGGGAGAGCGGCUGGGGGAGGGGUUGAGAAUCUCUCCGGCACGGCCGGAGGGAACGCCUCCCUCCUCCUCCUCCCCCUCUUCCUCCUCCUCCUCCUCCUCCUCCUCGUCCGCCUCUGCCAGCAAUGUGGAGCAGCCAGAGCGGCAGAGCGCGAGAGUGGGGGAGGGGGAGCGCAUGAACGGGAGCCAGCCGGCGCACACACGUCUGCCGGGCGCCGAGCGGAGACACGCUCCGCCGGCCGAGGCUGCCAAAGCCCGGGGGACGCUCCUGACCGCGCGUCCGCACCGGAACCCGCUGGUCAUCGUCGACGCGGAGGAACUGGACAGCGACGACGAGGAGGUCGAGGACUGCUCGCCCGGUCUCUGAUGAACUGAGAGGUUUGUGGGACUCUACACAGCCUGUGUCAUCGGCUCUUUGGACUGCACAGCCUCUCUCAUCUUCGGGAUCCUUAAUUGACCCUCCUGUCGUUAUGUUGUUGUAACACGCGCGCUUUUAAUCGAGGUACACGUAGUGCAUCAUGUAUGUUUGUGUUGUUUUUUUUUUUCCUCCCUUUUUUGUAUUAAACUUGAAAAGAGA